ACGAACUGAACGUCAACGCCCUGUGCAACGCCGACCAGCCCGAGCUGGUGAUCGACCACCUGGCGAAGGUGAUUGAGGCGCAGUUGCGUGACGCCCGCGAGAACCGCCGCCUCGUCUGCAAGGAGCUCUUCCUGCCGAAUGACCUGCUGCGGAACAUUGCCGCCAAGGUGCGCCUGCUCGCCGAGCCGGAGCCCUGCGGCCUGCGCGGCUGCAAGUUCUACAUCUGCAUCGAGGACAAGGACGCCUCGGCACUCAACUCAGGCAACACACCACCCGCCACCACUCAGUCAGUGGUGUCCGGUGGGGGUGGUGGUGGUCAUCACUACCACCGCUCGAAUAGUCAGUCGCCGUCGCCGGUGAACUCGCGUCUGCUGGGCGAGGUCUCCCUCGACCGCACCAUGGUCCCCACCUUUGAAGUCUUUCUCACGCUGAAGCCCACCCUGCCGAACUGGUUCGACGUCCUGGAGAGUCGCCUCUUCGGUCGGGAGCGCAUCAUCGUAGCCGAAAACUACCUCAUCCACAAGAAGAAGCUCUACCGCAGCCACGAUGAGUCGCCGACCUCGGACAUGUAG